AUGGUGGUAUCAGGCGGGAGCCAUACCCCAUCUACCGAUAUGCCGAAAAACUCUCGCUCAAGACACAAAAAGUACCAGACCGCUCCGAAAAACUCUGGCUGGAAUGCAGAGGAUACCGAACCAUCUGCUCGUGCAAUCCGCUCCUCGAGAGCGAUCGGGACUGGUCUACUCGCCUUCGCCCAAACUCUCGUAACUGCCGUCUUCUGCGGCGUCUCCUACGACAAGAUGACCGCGAAACGGACCCGUGCCUCACCUGGAGCCGUCAGGAUUUGGUGA